GUCUUAUUCAGCGUGGCGCCCGCUGCUAUUAGUUUUGCAGUUGGCUUUCGAACUGCGGUCAACACGUUUUUGCUUUCAUUCUACGUUCUUUUUACAGGGGCUGACCAAGGUACUUGGAAGAUGAGCAGAUACUGGUCCUCUCUCGCGAUCGCUAACAAGUCUCCAGUUACUCCCAUCCCUUUUGCCUGUCUGACUAGUUCCAGCAUGCACGCAACGUUGACUUGGAUGGGCCUGAUUCAUGGCUCAAUACAUUUGGGUACGUUAUUCGCGGGAACUGCCUUGGAAUUCCACCCAGUUUCUGCCAUGUGGUUCAUGGUGGGCGGUCUGCAGAUAAGCAAAACUCUCCACGCGCCAAAGCCCUGA